CCAAGCGACUUACCGGCGACACGUCGCGACGUUCGUAGCACCCAGUGGUUACGACGAGCAGUGCUUGCCACGUAUACGGUUGAAGCACAAGGCCCCCCCCAAGUAAAUCUUCAUUGUUUCUCAUUAACAGCGGUAAACCAAAAAAAAAUUGACUAGAUCGAUCGAAUGACUGAUUAAUUUUGAUUAAAGGGCUGUGCGAGGGCCCCCAGAGGUGGACAGAUAGUAACGACUGCCGCAGUAAGCCGGGUAUUGUGAGUGACAUUGAAAGAGUGGAACGUCAUCGGGGUAGGAAAUUUAUCAAAAUAAUGAAGUGAAUUUUCAGUUGAGUCCGAAUACCAUUGACGACGUGAUUGAGUAGAAUAAAUCGAGUCCAUAAAUCAAAGAGUGUCCAGAAGGUGCGUUGAGUGGAAAUCACUCCUUACUGUGUUUUUAUCAGCCGUAAAUUUGAGGAAUAAAUAGUGAGGGGGGGGUUGUACAGAGCUGUCAGCCAGGCAAUUGGCCCUUAAGGCCCCGACGUGUGAGCACGUAACCGGCGUCCGUCGGCCCAAAGGCCGUGUUACUACUGUUCCACUGCCCCACACAAUAAACUCGGACUCAUGAUUGGUUCAUUCUGGAACCUGUGCCGUGCGUGCCCUUCAAUGCCGCUUGAUAAGCAGCUCCACUCAGAAUACAGGAGCACCUACACAUGGCACGAGUACACAGGACCCCAUCAGGAGCACACGGUCGUGCGACGAGCGCCUCAGGCCCAGCCGACCUCCACGAAGCAACCGAGCGCGAAGCUACAAUCGGCCAAGUCAACCGAGGAUGAGAACACCGAAGGACCAACACUGGAGCCACCAUUGCCGAGGAGGAAGAAGAAUCCAGAAUUGGCUUACAGGCAUCAUGAAUUUAUUUCUGCCGCCGACGGAGGUGGCAUUGAUGCCGUUGAUACCAAUGUUGUUGCUGAUAAGGUUCGGGAAGUGACGGGCAGUUCAGCUCUACCACCGAGUCAGCUGAGCAAAGCGAUUUCACGGAUAAGCACCGAGUAUCGAUUGCAGUUCGCCUGGCCAAGGCGAGCCCAGCUAACGAAUGGUGAGACUGUGGCGCCAAUACCAGCUGCUGGUGGUGCUGGUGGUCCACCAGGUGGGCCACGUAAAUCCAUGAGCAUGGGUACCCUCAAACAGGGUAUUGCACCAACUGAACCAGCGCCUGUUCACAUGAGAAAGAGACCAGGCGAUGUGGAUCACAAGCGUGACGGAAUCCAGGCAUCUGAACUCGAACCACUAUUCGGUAACAAUGCUGAUAAUAUUGAUGGUGUAAUGCCUGAUGUCGACGAGAAAGACGAAGAUUUAACUGAUUUCAAGAUAUCUUUCAGGGAACGCAUGCCGGCGCGUAAGGCAGUGAAGAUUGUAGAUGAUCGUGUAACAAAAUCAAAAAUCCAUAAAUCUCCGACUACUGUGAAAAAUGCGUUUCCAACGUCCGAGAUUAUCGAGCUCAGACGUCUUGCUGAUGAAUAUAAGCAUCGUGACUGGGGCUGUGGUCUGGCGUCAAAGGAAAUGUCAUCAAUCUGGAAACACGUCUCCAAUAAUCACGCCCUCAGCGCUCUGUCACUUGCCAGAUCAGUGACGAAAGAGGAGAAAGAGAAGGAGAACACGAGGAAGGUUGCACCAGUGACAAAUACAAUGCCACCAGCUGGUAGGCCCUCCUCUGUUCAGGCCAGACCUAUUUCCGGAAUUCUUCAAGAAGCGGAUAAUGAGAGAGCCAUGGCUCGCGCAAGAAAGGAUUUCUUGAUCCGCCAUCAUCUUGACCGUACUACAGGUGCUGGUGACGGAGCACUGUUACCUUCUCCAACGAGAGAGAAGCUUGAGCCAGUGUUACCCCGUCGUCGUGACGAGGCUAAAGAGGAGAUUCAGCCGAGAACAAAAUCGAGCCCCAAGAAUAGCCCGAGGACUGGACGUUCACAGAGCCUGGGUCCUCUCAGUAGGUCACCAAAACGUCAAACCCCCCGAGCACCAUCAGUCAGCAAAGAUGCCAAGGAGAAAGAGAAGGAGCAUAAGGACAAAGAGGGGAAGGACAGAAGUGGAGAGCCAGAGAGGCAUCCCCGUCCGACGGGUGUUUCAGCGGUGGGCGGGCGAGUUCGUUGGAGCAUACGAGAAUCCUCGCAAACCCCGGUGAAAUCGUCGUCGACGAGCGAGCCGCCCAUACCGCCUUUGCCAUCACCACCUUCUGGCCCUGGGCCCACGCAACUCCACAAGAAACCCUCGCCGAGGUCACACCGUAAAUCCUUCCUCGCGACCACCGCUUCCCCCCAUCGUCCUCUUCAUCAUCACGCGAAACCUACUUCUGCUAAUGUUACGAAAGUCCCCGGUAAGAAUACGACACAACACAGUGUCGAUGUCAAUACAACAGUGUCCAGCUCAGUGUCAUCAGGCAAUGAGGCAGCACCCUCGGGCUCGAGAUCACAGCGUACACUAAAAUUAAACAAUGAGAAUAAUCGAGCCCGAGGUAGUGUCAGGGCCCAAGUAACAACUGUUAUCGACCCAUCCAAAUCAUCCUCCGACAAUCGAUACCAAUCGUACCGAGCUAAUGCAGCCCUGCAAGCUAUGACAGCGGAACCGCAGGUAAAUGGCGACGCAACCGGGGGCGAUUCCAGCGUAGCGUCAACUCCACCGUCACAGAGUGCCACCGCACCAGUAGCGACCGCAGUAGUGACAAGCACUCCUUGGUUCGACGACGAGCCAGUGGUAAAGAGUCCCCCAGAGCCGACGCGAGUAAAAUCCCCAGAACAAAUGAUAAUGCGAUCACCGGAGCCAGUAAAUUGGACAGUGCCGCUGGACACCGGGAAGACAUUCACGGUGACCCAAAACGUGAGGGAAGGGGAACCCCUGACGCGGCCCCACAGCGAGGCCAAGACAUGGGCGCCAGGGUCGACAGUGAUAUCAACACCCCAGUCAGCGCCCCCAGAACUAGCUCAGCACAAAUCUCAUCAUCAAUCCCAGCACUCGGGGUACAAGUCACCAGAGAGCGAGAGCGUUUCCCUGGGGAGUUACACGGGACUCAAUGGCCACAAGGAUCUCGACUCGGAGAGGGACAGUCCACUACCGAGCAAUCUACAGGGUACAUCCACAGCAUCCCAAAGUGAUAAGCUAUCAGUAGCGCCAGAAACGAAGGAAAAGCUGGCUGAGGAGCCUUCGAUAAAGCCCGUGGCCGGGACGAAUCUCCGUUGCCUAGAGGAUCCUGUCUUCGAGUUCGACAGAGGCCAGAAAUCCGAAGAGCCUUUACCUCCAGCCCCAUCAGUCCCAGUAACGCAGUCAGGCUACCGUGUUCUGGAAGCAGAAGAGCCAGUAGUGCCUGCAGGUGGUACCGGUGGCACUUCCAGCUCUGGAUAUCAUGUGCUGGAGGCACCAGCCCUCAGUCCAGGUGCUCAACAACGAUCAGUCACCAGUGAUGUACUCGAAAUCGCUCGCAAUCGCUUUGAUAAAUUUUGGGGCAAGGGGGGAUCCGAGAAUCAGGCUUAAACAAUCGAUAGCGUGUGGAAAAUCGUAAAACAAAGUCGCAUCAUAGGCUAGAACGCUGACGGAAGAUCGAGGAUGGGAAUGAAUGAUUUAAAUCUAUGAAUUUGAAUAAUUGGAGCUGAUGAGUUCUCGUGAUCGUCGUCCAAUGCUCCUUUGGGUCUUCUGGGACAAUUGGGUUGUUGCAUGACUUUGGUAUUGAAAAAACUUAUGAAAUUGCAAAUUUUGAUGAAAAAUAUUAGACACGUCUAACCGAUUGACGUCAUGUGUAAGACUUCUUCGAUCGCCUUUAACUCGGUAAUUUUUUAUUGCUUCGGAUAAUAAAAACCAUGUGUCUUAUACUUUUCAUUUAAUUUUCAUUUCCAGUACUGAAAAAUUCUCAUGCAAAACUCCAAUUCAUUUUAAAUACAAUGAGCAACAUCUCGUAAUCAUUCAUUAAUUAAUCAUCCAUCAAUGGCCAAUGAGAACAAUCUGCUGAAUGGCUUUACGUGCUAAUUCGUGUAAACCCAUAAUAGUUUUUGGGGGGCUUCAUGCAUUUUUGUACGUUAUAGAAUUAACCACGUGAAUCAAAACACAAGAUACCAUAACGAAAUAGAAUGAUUCAGAGAGUAAAUAAUUGAAAAAAGGUGCUUUCUAAUUUUCGCAAACACGUGGUUGUCGCCAGUGUCGAUCGAUGAAACUGAUCACAAUCGGUAGGAAUUUUUGUUAAUAAUUAUUUACAGUGAGUGCGUCGUUACGGACGAGUGAUCACGGUUUGAUUGGCUCCAGAUGGGGGAGUGGACAGGUUGACCAUGAUUUAUUCGAUAAAUAAUAGAUAGCGUUGCACUCCGAUAAAGGAUGAAAAUUGUUAUGAAAUAAAAUACCAGUCAUAUGAAGUGAAAAAAAAAUGGGAGGGGUAAAUUAGAGAGAUUUAUUGAACGCUGUUUUACAUUCCGUCUGAUGUUUUUCGAUGCAUUUAGGUUUGAUUUUUUAAUUAAAUAUGGUAAACAUUUUUUGAGGAUAUAUUGUCCCUCAGCAGACACAAGGCGCUACCUGAUUUACCUGCAUGAUUUAAUCUCCGAUUUAUUGAUUUUAUGAGUAACUAUUAACGUUCGCGAAAAAGUUCAAUGGAAACGAGUAAGUGAUGGAUGUGGAGAAGAUUCAGAACGAGAAAAAUAACUGAGUGGAGAGGGCAUGGGAAAUCCAUGUGAAGAAUCCCUUGAGGUCAGACGAAGAAAUGAAAAAAAUAAAGCGUUCGGGUGAUUCCUAUAGUUACGUCUUGUAGUUUAGGAGCUGAAGAUAAUGCUGGAGUUUUUUAACUAGUCAACGCCGAGACUGUUUUCUCAAGGGAAUGAGAUAGGUAAUGAAGAAAAAAACAAAGUAAACACUGAGUUCAAUCGAAAGUUGCAGAAGUAAUCGAUAGAUAUCGAGGAUCGAAGGGUGGAAGGUAAAGUUUCAUACUCGAUGAGAAUGAAGAGCUUUUUUUCUCACGCGCGUUAAGAUAUACCAGUACACCACACUCCAUCCAGAUUCCACGUCCAAAAGUCCAUAACAAUGAUUAAACAUUGAAAUCCAACCAACAGUAGUGAUGUGAAAAUAAUUAAAAAUACAUAAGACAGAAGAACAAUUCAUAACGUAAAAACUAUUAUUGACUGAUGGAAUUCGGUGAACUUAGGAGACAGGGAGAUUAAUACGAGAUUAGGGAGUGAUUUAAUGAGUUAGGAGGAGGAGGAGCAUUAUCUUAAGGAACAUUGUCCUGAUGAGAUUGCUUGAGGACGUCCUGCACCCUUGAGCUUUCCUCAUUUUUUAAGAACAAAUUAAAUCAUUUAGAUCUGUCGUUGAUGUAAUGCAUCAAUUACUGUAUCUAGUUAGCGCGUAGCUUCGAGAAACUAAUCGAGUGCGACAUCAUCAUCAUCACAUAUUUGAUUUGACGCGUCAUUAAUAAUCUGUGAGGAGAAAUGAAAAAUUACUUUUAGGAGUUCACGUCAAUAUUUUGAAUACCUCAAGCAUAAACGGGCGAUGGGAAAUCUCCCAGACGUAAUAAAAACCCUUGAUAUUCCGUCAUAUUCAUGGGAAUGACAGACAUCAAAAAGUAUAAAUUCCUCGGUUCGCUCCAUUCAAAAAAAUUCAUGCGAAAUACCUACCAUUCAUCACAAUUCCCUCAAAAAAUAAAAAAAAUUAUUGAAGACUCCGUUCGAAUGCACCUCGCGAGCUCACACUGCCCGUCCGAAUUUUCUAGGCACCGAUUAUCCUGUGAUCCUGUGACAAAAAAAAAGUAAAGGAACAUUGAAAAAAUUCCUCUGAGUUUAUUGUCAACUGCCCCGAGUAUUUCCAAGACCACUGUCAACAUCGGGCUAUGUUUAUUUGCCAUUAAACAAUUUUAAUUAUCGAUGUGUAGUGACUGAUAGAUACCGAAUGAAACCGAAAAAUGGAGCUGCUUGCUCUGCGUGCUGGACACGCAGAUAUUUUCCAUGAGAAUGCGAUUGAAUCAUCCGCCAGAUCCGUUGUUUUAUCUGAACACAUUUAUUUCCCCUGAGAGUGACAAUCCCAUUUUGAUUUCUAGCCAAUUGGAGUUACGUGUAAUUUUUACGCAAUCGAUCGAGGUGCAAGAACAACGCCAGAGAGAAGUUAAAUACCCUAUGUUUAGCAUUCAAAAAUAAUGACAAACAAUUUUUUUCUUAAUAAUGAUGCAGAAGAAAAAAGACAAGCCCAAGAGCGACAAAAAAAAAACAAUUAAAUAAGGCAAAUCCGGGAUUUCUUUCUGCGUCCCUCCCCGCCUUAGUCUGUACACGCCUAUUAUAAAUAGAUAGAACGUAUUAUAAUACGACAAUUAUAUACAAUUAAAUAAUUCAAAUGAACAUGGGAGAUAGAUUAUGCAAUGGAUUAAUAGACGAGAGUGAUUGAUACCGGCCGAACUGUUUUGCGAAAAUACGAGAAUAAAUUGAUGCGCACUUAUAUGAUCAAAUAAUGUAUUGUUGAUUUUGAUGUUUAUACGAAUAUUUAAGAGUUUAAGGGCACGAGGUACAACGAAUUUGUCACGAUUGAGUGUAUCAUUUUAUUCUGAUUAUUAUGGAGACUAAGGGGAUUGAUAGUAAUAGUAAAUUUACGUCAAUUUUUUCAUGUAUUGAAUUUUUAAUUAAUUUUCUACUUACGUCUGAACGAUUCUGUCAUAAUUGACGAUGUCCCGUUUAAUUUUCAUGGCUUUCAGUCGCUUCCGUCUAGAUAAAAAUGUGGAAAGCCUUCACGAUUUUGCGUGCUCAGCUUAAUUAAAGAAUUCAACUUUUUUCCAAAUAUUUUCACCAAGUGUAUAUAAUAUUGUUCAUAAAAAAAAUUAUUAUACCAAAUGUGAUGAAAUAAGAAACUUUUUAAACAAAUAGAGGCCUCUCUCGUGUGUACACGACUUUGUUUGGUGCAGGGUAAUUAAAUAAUCAUGUGAUGGGAUUUUUAUGAAAGAAAAAAAAAGAACCUAAUCGUUUCUCAUAUUUUGCAAAACAGUCAACGGAAUGGGCAUGAAUAAAUAAAAGAGAAGAAAAAACAAAAUAACAAAAAAUAUAUAUAAUCAACAUGACUGAGUCUAUCAUUUCACGUUAAUUACGUUUGAUACGAUAUUUCACGUUAUCGUUGAUAAUAUGAAUGAGUCGUUGGGGUCGAGAAACAUUGAUAUAUUAUAUAAGCACAUUUAAGCGAAGAAAAAUAAAAUCGUUGUCGUAAUUAUUUUGCAAUUAAUUCGGAGUGCAGUGGAUAAAGUGUUACCAAAUGCUUCAAAGAUACGUAUAGACGUAAAGUGAACUAAAAAUAAUAAUAAUAAUGAUAAUAAUAAUACCAGA